AUGUCUAAACUAUUUAAAUACAAAAAAGUUGGAAACAGUAUGAUGGUAAUAACAAAAGAUUCUAUUGAAUUGAUGGAACAAUUAAGAACAGAACAUACUAAUCUUUGCAAGUCCAUAUCUGAAUUAGAUAUGAAAAGAUAAUUAAUAGAGGAUAAAAUGAGAGAAUUAUCUAUCAAGUUAAAUUCCUUUUACUAACAUAGCGAUUAACCAUAUAUCCCUAAGUUAAUUUAUAAAUUUCCUUGUGAUUCCCAAUAAGAUUAAAGAACAAUAGAUGAUGAAGAAGUAAUCUUUCAAAUUAAUGACUAUUAAGAAUUUAUUCCUGAUUUUUAAGAAAAUGAUACAAAAACUAAAAAAGAAUUAUUCAAUUAUUUUAAUUACAAAUAAGAUGAAAAAGAUGUAUUUAAUGAUCUUAAUAAUACAAAUAAUCUUAAAAAACUUGCAGAAGAAUUUGGAAUUAAAUCAAAUAAUAUCAAUAAAAUGAAAUAACAAAUUAAGAUAAUUUAGAAUUAUUUAGAAAACUAAUCAUUUCCAUCUUCAUGGAAUAAUAUUUAUAAUACAGAAUUAUUCGAUAAAUUAGAAAUUUGA